CUGUGGAAUCACUGACUACGGGCUGGAUCGCUGUUCAUCAAGGGAAUGAAUUAGAUCAUGUACAACAUACAUGUUUAACGAUACAUACUUGUCUACUAACUCUACAUUGGGUUUGUGAGGAUUAAACUGUUUUCUUUUUGCACGUUGCAAGUAUACGUAUUAGAGGAAUUAUUGAAAUGGUUUUGUGCUUGUGUUCUUUGUUGAAGAUUCACGAUGACCUUGGAGGAUAAUGUGUCCCUUGUUACAGUGUUUACUCUUUCAGGGUUAGAAGAGACCAUGGACUACAGAGCCACACUCUUCUCUCUCACUCUACUGUGUUACUGUGUAAUUAUUCUGGUCAAUGUUGCUCUGGUGGUCACCAUCAUCUUGGAUGACGACUUGCAUAAACCCAUGUAUAUCUUUCUUUGCAAUUUGUGCAUCAAUGGACUUAUUGGUACAACAGGUUUCUAUCCCAAGUUCCUGCUGGACCUGCUGUCUCCUCAUCAUGUCAUCUCCUAUGCAGGGUGCCUGGUUCAGGCUUUUGUAAUAUAUUCUUCUGCCAACUAUGAUUUUUCUAUUUUGGCAGUGAUGGCAUACGACAGGUAUGUAGCAAUAUGUAAACCAUUGGAAUAUCACUCUGUUAUGACUUAUAAGAGGGUUGCUCAAUUGGUGUUUUUUUCCUGGGUGUCGCCCUUAUGUUGUUUCACUAUGUUAUCUUUACUGGCAUCCAGACAGAGAUUAUGUGGGUCCCACAUACAAAAACUUUACUGUGAGAACUGGUCUGUUGUUAAACUUUCUUGCUCUUCAAUCACAGUAAACAAUGUAGCUGGAUAUGCUGUCAUAAUAUUCUUUUUUGGACAUGUAACGUUCAUUGUAUGUUCAUAUGUGUGCCUGGUCAGAACAUGUUUGGGAUCCAUAGAGAACAGGGGGAAGUUUAUGCAGACCUGUGUACCACAUUUACUGUCAUUAUUAAACAUCACAAUCGCUUUGCUUUUUGAUGUAAUGUAUACACGAUAUGGUUCAAGAGAUUUGCCACAAAGCCUUAAGAAUUUCAUGGCCAUAGAGUUUUUAAUAGUGCCUCCAAUUCUAAAUCCUGUUAUUUAUGGUCUUAAACUGGUUCAAAUUAGAACCAGGAUAUUAAGUUUGUGCACGAAAAAUGUCAGGAUGAAAGGUUAAGCUUGCCUUGUAGUCUCAUUGGUACUUUGGUGAAUGUAAUUUCAGAGUGCUGUCUACAACCACUAGUGUAACUCCAAUACCAUUGGUUUCUGCUAGCAGUCAAUGUUGUAUUAUGUUUGUAUAUGUUUAUAUUACUGUCAUUCUAAUAGUAUCAACAAUGACUUAACUGGACAAAAAUGAUGUGGAUGAAUAAACCCCUGAACCAAAUUCUAGUCCUUCCGGUAAAACGUCUCCUUAAAUGACUCAAUAAUCUCACAAUAAUUUACAAUCAAGUUUAGGAUGCUACAUCUAUAACUUUCCACAACUACAUGACUGUUAGACAGGCAAUACCUGGUACCACCUCUGACACCUUCAGUCAUUUCUGGUUAGGGAACGUGAGAGUGAAUGUUUCUCUUCUAGAAUUUGUGCCUAUCAACUGUAAACUCCACCCUGUGGGUGAGCUGUAUUGAUCAGAGAUUUCAGAAUAUUUUCCAUGGGAACCACUGAUGCACCUAGUGCAGAACCGAGAAUGACAAGACCUGGUUGGCCUCUCCAACCACAAAUCACCUCCCUUGAUGGCAGUAUCUCCCUCACUGUUGCAGUGGAGAAGGUGAGGUAGGAUAAAUGUAAAUGUAGUUACAGUAUUGUGGAGCAAGCACUCAAGUUUUCAAAAAAGAAAAAACGAUCACUUCUGCUUGUUAUGUUAGGAUGUUUUUUCCUU